GAGCCCUUCACUUAUAAUUAAAUUAAAAUACUAAGAAAAAGAUUCCAACAAAAUUUAUCUUUCACCAAACGAAAGUACUCUCAUGGUACUUGGCAUCACAAAAUCUAGCUUAUGCCAGUGGAACUCCGUAGAGAAGGCGACUCAAUAUGCAUAUUCUCCGUAUAAACCUACUGCGUAGAUUCUCCCCCAAUUUCUACAAUGAGGUGAAGGCGAGGGGAUUUUCUAGUAGGAUAGUGCACGAUGUGGGGCAGCCAACAGCGAGCACUCAUCCGCAGAUAAUGAAGGAAGGGGAGAUUACUCCUGGGAUAAGCAGUGAUGAGUAUAUAUGGAGGAGGAAGAAUUUGUUGAAGCUACUUCCAGAGAAUGCUUUGGCAAUUUUUGCAUCUGCUCCGGUUAAGAUGAUGACCGAUGUUGUGCCGUACACUUUCAGGCAAGAUGCUGAUUAUCUCUAUAUCACUGGCUGCCAACAGCCAGGCGGCGUUGCAGUUUUGGGUCAUAACUGUGGUUUGUGCAUGUUUAUGCCGGAAACAACGCCACAAGAUGUGAUGUGGCAAGGUGAGACUGCUGGAGUUGAUGCAGCUCUAAGCACAUUCAAGGCUGAUGAAGCAUACCCUAUAAGUGCAUUGAAUAAGAUCCUAUCAAGGAUGAUAAAGUGCUCACUCCAAUUGUUCCAUAAUGUGAAUACAGCUAAUUCUACUUAUGUGAACUUGGAGACCUUCCAAAAAGCAGCUUAUGACGGGAAAGUGAAAGACUUUGCAGUUUAUACUCAUGAAGCACGAUGGAUAAAAUCAGAAGCUGAGCUUAAUUUGAUGCGAAAUUCUGCAUCUAUAGCUUCUCAGGCUCUUCUGCAGACACUGCUGCACUCCAAAAUAUUUCCUAACGAGGGAAUGCUCUCAGCCAAGUUUGAAUAUGAGUGCAGAAUGAGAGGUGCCCAACGAAUGGCCUUCAAUCCUGUGGUUGGUGGGGGUUCAAAUGGCAGUGUCAUACAUUAUGCUCGGAAUGAUCAGAGAAUCCAAGGUGGAGACCUGGUUCUGAUGGAUGUAGGAUGUGAGCUUCAUGGUUACUCUAGUGAUCUUACUCGCACAUGGCCACCAUGUGGCAGAUUUUCCCCAGCACAGGAAGAACUUUAUGACCUUAUAUUACAGACAAAUGAAGAAUGUUUGAGACUCUGCAGACCAGGCACAACUAUUCGAGAAAUUCACAACUAUUCGGUUGAUAGGCUGCGAAAAGGAUUCGAAGAUCUUGGGAUAUUGAAAAGUGAUCAACCUCAGAGUUACUAUAUGCUGAAUCCGACCAGUAUAGGUCACUACCUAGGAAUGGACGUCCAUGAUUGCCGCACAAUCACAUAUGACCGCCCUCUGAAGCCUGGUGUUGUGAUCACAAUUGAACCCGGAGUUUACAUCCCUCCCAAUUCUAAUGUUCCCGAGAGAUAUCAAGGCAUUGGGAUAAGGAUAGAAGACGAUGUUCUCAUCACAGAGUCGGGAUAUGAGGUACUUACCGCUUCAGUACCAAAAGAAAUUAAGCACCUGGAAUCAUUGCUUAAUAAUUUGUCUUACGGGAUGGGGAUGGAAAAAUGCAAUGCCGUCUACGGAUUUUAGUUGAGCACUCCAAUAGACAGCUGCUGGUAGAUGAAAUCAAUUCAAGAUAGUUGCUAACAAUUCAAAUACUGCAAUCAAGGUGAAUUGCUUCCACUCUUGAUAUUGCUUUUUAGCAUUGUUGGUUUGGAAGUUCUAGCCCUCUUGAUUUGGUCAUUUUUCACCUUCAAUUUCUGUAAUGUAUUUCUGCUUCAACGCUUUUACUAUUUUCGCGAUUCUUAGCGAAUAACUAUUUUCCCUCCCAUUUUAUAAAUCAAUUUUGUCCAUCUGCAAUUACCCUGCGGUCUAUGAGGGAUAUAUGUAGGUCAGGUAUUGAAUUUUGCUUUCAGCAUUUGUGACAUAGUAGAUUCAAUAUUUAUUAGCAGUAAUUUUGGACAGAUAACUUGUAAUUUAUGUGGGCAAUUGAGAUAUUAAACAGAUUGGUUGAAAUCA